AUGAUGAGCAAUAUCGUCAUGUUCUGUGUCUGCUUCGGCAAAUACCUGGUCGCCGAUGACGAAGAGCUUCUUAAUACCGCUUUCGCUCCUGGAAAAUCAUUCAGAGAUUCUGUGCGCUUUUUCUGCGAUCUCAUGCGCUCCUUGGAGGUUAAUCUCGGAAUUGAGCGCUUCUCCAAUGUUUACGACUACAACAACUUCUACGUAGACGAAAAAUAA